AUGACGUCCCAUCAAUCCGGCUCAACUAGAGCCUAUGACUUUGAUUAUCACAACAAUAGUUAUAGCCGUGAACAAUCUCCUGUCGAUCUACACCGCAAUAGACACAAAGGCCCCAAAGCGCUAAAGCCAUCACAGCUACAACAUAUAGACAGUGAUCCAAAUGUGAAUACCCUCAGUAAUUACAACCUCAUCCAAAAGCCUGAUAGGUUUCUCAAAGUAGAAGAAGAGCAUGUCGGAGGUAUGGAUAGAUCUUUAUACAAGACGAAUGCUACAUCAAAGGAUAUCACAAACCUAGACAUGGGUAUAGCUGGAUUUCACCGGGAUAAGAACGAUGAUGGUCAAGGUAACCUUGUAGGAGCCAUUAAUAUCGCUGAGCACUGUCGACGGAAUACGGCUACACCACCCCCAUUCCAACACCAACGAAUCCAACAUUCUCGCAGCCAUUAUGGAUAUGAUCUCCUUCAAAAAUUGAACCGACAAGAACAACAACAACAGGAAGCGCAAUACAGCUCUACUCGGCAAGAGAGCACGGAUUCCCAAUCGACAGCUAUGAUGCAUCACGAUCGAGAUAAGGAAACUUCAAGGUUUACACCCUCGCCCACGGCAACCUCGAUGAAGUCACGGCCCAAUGGCAUGUCGUCGAGUGCAGAAGUAGCCAACACAACCAAUAACUCUGUAGGAUCAAAAUUCCUAGAGCAAACAAACUUCACGCCAUUUCAGUCGCAGACGCCUCCGCAGCAAUUUCAGCAUGAUACAAGAAAUCGAUCAGGAUCCGCUCCAUCUAAAAUUAUUCAGCGGACAUCUACUUUCCCAACCACAUCUAUGCCAUCUAUGCCUAUAUCUGUCUCUGUACUGCUUCCUCCAUCACCUCGUGUUCAACAACAACAAUUUCCAUCUCCUGGUAGGAGCGUGAUUUCGGACAUUCAGUGUGAUGUUUCUUUGCCUACAAAAACUAGGUGGGAAUAUGACGAGAGCAUCAGUCCGAUAGCCUCCACUCCUGACCAGGAACAUUUCCACUAUACCAACGAGACCAAUAAUAGCAAUAUCAGUCAUGCUAGUAAACGAGAAGAUAGUAGCGAAACCGGAUCGCGCCCUCAUACACCUCAACGAUCAUCCUCCAUCUUUGACUUCUUACGGUUCCGUAAAUUCUCUAUUCCCAAGAGCAGUUCCCAACAUCAUCAGGCAGCCGCACAGGUCGCGUCUGUCGUCAAUGCUACUUCGGCCGCAAGCACCUCAGGCAGUCCUGGAAGGAAGGCAAAUUUUCCCCUCCUGGACGCUCCGCCUCCGAUAGCUAAGAGUAGGAUGAGUGGCCUGUCUUUUGGUUCUCUGAUCCCACAACCAACUAGGAAACAAUCUUUGGAUGCUCAGGCCAUGAACGUAUGUCAGACUAGAGCCGCCCAUACCAGCAGUAGCCAAGGGCUAAUCACGCCAGGAGGGCCAAUCUUAUCCUCCGUAUCUGCUCCUUCAAUAUCUGAUUCAGGAUGGUAUUUGCCUCCAACACAAAUACAUUCCUUAGCAGACCAUGCCCCUUCCUUUAAUACAGGCGCCACUACCACUCCAGUAUUAGCAAUGACAGCAUCGCCAACAUCAACGCCAGUACCGACCCCUGUUGCUAAACCACAAUCGACGUUAUCUAAAGUCGCAGCAGCGGUUGCAAGUGUAACUGUUGGGAAGCGUCGACCGUCUGUGGUAAGUGGGAUCGAGCCAGGAAAAGAUUCAUCUGUGCGGCAUCAGUCCAUAGCGGGAUAUAAGACUAGUGGAUACGAUUCUCAUCGGUCUUCAGUGGGUUCUUCAUGGCUCGGACACGGACAUGGUCCAGGACUAGAUCAGGAGCAGCUGAGCCAUCAUGUUAUUUAUAUGAAAUCCGAGAGGAGUUUACCAGAAUUGCAGGGAUAUAUUGAGACGCUGUACCACACAAUUCUCAAUAAGAAUAUGACCCUUGAGCAUUCUAAAAAGCAAACCUCGGCCUUACAAAAAGAGCUGGGGCAGACAUACUUGAAAGCGGAUGAAGAAAGGCAAGCGCUGACAAAGGAACUUGACCAGACUAAGGAGAAGAUUGCGACCAUGGAAAGGAACUUUCUAUUAUGGAGAUCUAAGGUCCAUAGUGACCAGCAGGCUCAGCAAGAGGAUUUUUUUCAUGAGCGAAUCGUUAAGCAAGAUCGCAUUGAAAAAUUGGAGGAAACAUUGAGUAAUUCACAAGAAGAGGCGAUGAGGCUUCGAAAUCGCUUACUCUCACUCGAAUAUGACAAUAGUUAUGUUGGCCUGACUGCUUUUUUACCCGGCAACUCUGACACGAACAAUAAUAGUAAUGAUAAUAAUAAUAAUAAUAAUAAUAAUAAUAAUAACAGUAAUAGCAUUAAUAAUAGCGAGGAUAGUUUUUUCAGUGAGGAUACGAUUCAAGAUAGUGGCAGCCCAUCAGUGAAUCCCUCGAUCGGAUAUGGCCCAAUAACUAUAGCGGCCCACAAACGUCGCUCAGAUGAUUCCAGGAUUAUGGAGAGGAAAUCUCAGGCAUUGGAAAACCAGGUCCAUGAUCUGAAACGCUUAUUAGAAACAGAAAAGCAGAACCGACAGCGCGAUCUAAUGGAGUUUCGUAGGAAGAUGCAUGAAAAAUGCGCCAAGCUCGAACGAGAGCUCCAAGCUGCAAAGAUGGAGUCACUUAUGUAUAUGGAAAUGAUGCAUGAGAUCGUGACAGAAAAUGACGACUUACGACAAAAAGUCAAGGAGGCAAAACGCAAGGUCCGUCGCCAAGGAAAUAGGAACCAAAAUAGCCAAAGUAAUAGUGGUUGCGGUGGUAGUGAUGCUUCACAAUGCAACGAAAGUAUCUCGGAUAGCGGUAAGAGCAAAUUCCGAAACGAUAACUUUAGAAGCAAUGAAAUUGACAGCAAUAAUGGCUAUGAAGAUGAUGAUGAUAAUGAAGAUGAUAGCUUGGAGGAACUGAACCAAACAAGUCCAAGUAAUGCGAACAACCUGGAGGAACAACUGGAAGGCGGAGACAGGCAUAAGGACCUAUACCAUAUGAGUAGUAACAAUGACGACCCUUACAUUACAGUCGAUAAUGGCGUAGAUAAAGACAUAGACAGUGACGACUAUCACAGUGUGAGAUACAACUAUGUCGGUGCUGAUGAUAAUAAUAAUGACGAUAGUAUUGAUAAUAGCCAUAAUGGCGGCGAUGAAGAUGGUAGUGGUGAUGGUGAUACUGACUCUGGGAAUACGUACGAAGGGCUCCAAUCAGAAGACGAAAGGGACGAAAAUUACAGUGCAGAGGAUCCUAUCUAUGUGGCAGAUAUCUUGCGACAAUGCAACAUUGACUGGCUACAAUAUCCCGAGUAUGCAAGUCAUCGGUUGAUCGUCGUAAAAGACAUGCAAAGAGAGGAUAACCAUUCGGAGUUACAGCAGCAUAGAAUAUCGACAUUUCAGCAAGGCCAACGCCAAAGUGAAGGCGAAUGCAAUCACAAUCAUCAGCAACAACUCACAACAGAGCUUCAAUCACAACUUCCACAACAUCAAUCCAACGACAGCGACGGUUUUUACUACUGUUAUGUGAUGGCUCAGUUCUUAUCAUCUGCCUCUGCAGUCUUUCGCGAUUUUUUCCUUGUGCACAGAGAAGAUAGUUCCAACAAUGAAGAAAUCAAUCACAAUCGUCUAAAUUGUCUAAGAUGGAUCCCGGAAUCAGAAGCUUGCCAGAUCCCAUUCCCAUUAGAGCAAUCGCCAGGCCUCAGUCGCGAACAAUUGCGACAGCCACAGCCACCAUCAUCACCACUUGCGUCCAACGUCAUGGGUUUACUAAAUUCGAAAGCCUACAAGGGCCUGGAUGGCCAACAAGGCGAGAGCAGAAACAGCAGCAACAGCAACAAUAAUGGCAAUAAUAAUAGCAAUAACAACGAAAGAGAGGAAGAAGGGGAGGAGGAUGGUAACUACAGGAAGACCCCAUUGUUGGAACUAUGUCUUCCAUACCCAAACCAUUUCGAAGGUCUUCUGCGGGUCAUGUAUGAUAUGGAUCUGGAACGAUGGACCCAAGAGAAUUUCUCCAGCGAUACAAUCGGAGAAGUCUUUGAAAAUGUUUGUAGACUCGAGUGUUCAACUUAUUUGACGCUGCACUGUCUCAAGUAUUUUGGUGCUAUUAAAACAAUGAUGAGCCGGGAACAAUUGGCACGCUCGUCAAUGAGGCAGCUGCAAGAAAUAUAUAAGCGGGCUUUGGACUCUAAUCUGUUGACAUUGGACGAAUGA